AAGGAACUUCCCUGACAUAUAAUGUAGCAGCUCACGAAAGAGCCUGUUUUUAUGCUUGGGCAGACAAACCAGGUGAAAAGAUUGCCUUUUAUUUCGCGGUACAAACUGGUGGUUCCUUUGAUAUAGAUUACGUCGUAACCGAUCCACGUGGUAAACAAGUAAUUAGUGGUGAACGAGAACGUCAGGGUGAUUUUGUUUUUACAGCCAACUUUGUGGGUGAAUAUUCUUUCUGUUUUGCAAAUGACAUGUCAACAUUUGCAGAAAAGCUUGUAGAUUUUGAGAUUACCAUUGAAAAUGAACCACGGGCUGAAUUACCACCAUCAAAAGGAAUUACACCAGAUCAAACAAGUAGCAUGGAAGAAACACAAUAUCCAGAACUCAAAAGUAUUUUAGGACGAGAGAAAAUAGAAAUUUCUCCACUGUUAAAAGUACCGAACAUAGAAUUUUAUG